UUCUCCUCUUCCCGUUGCACCGUGCACACGUACACACACAUGCGCUGGUCGUCCAAGGGAGGAGAAUCAAUGGCGGGCGCGACCUUUCUCUCCGCUCCCGCGCUGCUUGGCCCCCGCGCCGGCGGCCUCCCUUCCGUCUCAGUCACAUCAUCCCCGGCGCGCAGACAGCAUGCAUACAUUCAGGUAUGCUGUCACGCCAAAGCCGGGGGCUCCGAGGCUGCUGCCGCCGCACGCGAAGAGCCUCCGCGGUUCCGCAGAAGAGAUUUGAUCGGGGGCUGCAUGGGCACCGCCGUUGGCUUGGAAAUCAUCGACGGGUCUACGGGAGUGGCUACCGCGGCCGAUCUGAUUGAACGCAGACAACGCUCUGAGUUCCAAUCAAGCAUCAAAGGCACCCUCACAGCAGCCAUACAGGCGAAGCCAGAGCUCGUCCCAUCUCUGUUGACAUUGGCACUGAACGACGCCAUGACAUAUGACAAGGCCACAAAGUCAGGAGGGCCAAAUGGAUCGAUCAGGCUAAGUGCAGAAAUAAACAGACCUGAAAACAGUGGGCUUUCUGCUGCUUUGGAUAUGCUAACUGACGCGAAGAAAGAGAUUGAUUCCUAUUCCAAGGGAGGUCCCAUUGCAUUUGCAGAUCUGAUCCAAAUAGCCGACUGCUUAAAUUUGCUUGUACCCGCAACAGCACAACAGGCGCUCAAGCAAACAUUCCUUGACGCAGCCAUUGCAAAGACCGGUGGGAACGAAGAAAAGGGAAGGACCCUGUACUCUGCAUACGGUUCAAGUGGACAGUGGGGUCUUUUCGACAAGAUAUUCGGGCGCGAGGAUACACAAGAACCUGAUCCAGAGGGAAGGGUGCCUAAGUGGAGCAGUGCUUCAGUGCAGGAAAUGAAGCAUAAGUUCAUCGCCGUCGGUUUCGGUCCUCGUCAGCUUGCUGUGAUGUCAGCAUUCUUGGGUCCUGACCAAGCCGCCACGGAGGCGAAACUGAUAGCUGAUCCAGAUUGCCGCCCAUGGGUCGAGAAGUACCAGCGCAGUCGUGAGACCGUCUCCCGGACUGACUACGAGGUUGACCUGAUAACCACGCUGACGAAGCUCAGUUACCUCGGCCAGAAGAUAAACUACGAGGCGUACACGUAUCCCAAGCAGAAGAUUAACCUGGGUAAACUGAAGCUGUGAUGCGAUGGAUCACUGCUCUCGGCAUGUCUGCUAGCCAUUGCCCUUCAAAAGUCGAGGACUUCACUACAAUAUAUACGUAUCUACGUGUGGAGAGUGAUUUUGAUUUUGCCGGGAGCAUUCGUGUUUUCGUUUUGUUGUUUAUACGACGAAUCUCUGUAAAGGUAGUUGUUGGAGACGUUCAGCUCUUCGGCUAGCUAGAUGGGUGAUUGUGUCUGUAGCUUUCCCACUAUUUUGACGCUGAUUUUUGGAGAAAUAACUCGUGUAUUAUUCCUAUGGACCUAAAAAUAGUACGAGUACUUCUAGUUUAACUGA